GCAACCCUGGCUGCAAGUAUAUAAGAACAGGAUCUUGCCACACUUGAGCGUGAGUUUCUGUUCCAGAGCAAGACUCCAACCUGUUCAGCUCGAUUCACUCCAUCAACAUGACCAUGUUUUACCUCUUUGCUCUCUUUUUGUUUCUAGCUCUAGGCAAAACCCAGACAACUACAUUUGCUACAAGCACCACCCCGCCGCCACCAUCCACAACAACCACACCUCCAACCCCCUGCGGGACCCUCCCCUCCUGCCCAGAAUCCCAAACCUGCACGACCGCCAUCUUCUUCACCCCAACCGCCUCCUAUACAACCACCGUGACCUGCGUGCCGAAACCGACAUGCCUAGGCGUAUACGAGGUAUGCUCCUUCGGAAGCGGACUAAGCUGCUGUUCCGGGUACUGUGCUGCCAGCCACUGUCGGAAUACCGAUCCCAACUGGCCAUACUGCCAGGAAGAUAUGGGGGUGUGUCGCGGGGAUGCAGAUUGUUGCUAUGGCAAUAAGUGCGUGGCUGGGAUUUGUUUGCGGGGUGUGUGAUGGGCAUCGUCUUGAAGGGUGUUGUCGAAUAGUAAGGUAAUGACUGGGAUGGGAAAAUAGGAUGGAAUGGGAUGUGAUGGGACCCGGGUCGGGUUGAUGCUUGAUGAGAUGAUGAAAAAUCGGGUGUUUGGUCCCUAUGACUUUUAUGAUGAUGACAGCGCCGCAGCUCGUUUGCAAGUUUCUUUCAGAGAGAGGUACAAAUUACUAUCCCGAUCUAAAGGAG